AUGAGCACCCAACCUAGCCCAGCAAACCAAACAGUUGAAAGAGAGAAGGUUUAUAUGUGGAUUUUGGAACUAACUAAUCCAGAAACCAGAGAAAAUGCUUUAUUGGAACUCAGUAAAAAAAGAGAAGUUGUCCCAGAUUUGGCACCGAUGUUGUGGAACAGUUUUGGAACAACUGCUGCCUUAUUACAAGAAAUUAUAAACAUUUAUCCAGCUAUCAAUCCCCCCACACUUACUGCACAUCAAUCGAAUAGAGUGUGCAAUGCUCUUGCCCUUUUGCAGUGUGUAGCAUCUCAUGCUGAAACUAGAUCACAGUUUCUACUUGCUCAUGUACCAUUGUUUUUGUAUCCUUUCCUACACACUUCAUCAAAAACUAGGUCAUUUGAAUAUCUCCGCUUGACAAGUUUAGGAGUUAUUGGAGCAUUAGUCAAGACUGAUGAACAAGAAGUGAUCACUUUUCUCCUUACCACUGAAAUAAUUCCUCUGUGUUUGAGAAUUAUGGAAUCUGGUUCUGAACUUAGUAAGACUGUUGCUACAUUUAUAUUGCAAAAGAUAUUAUUGGAUGAUAGUGGAUUACAAUAUAUUUGUCAAACAUAUGACAGGUUUAGUCAUGUGGCCAUGAUUUUGGGCAAAAUGGUCAUUGCUUUAGCCAAAGAACCAUCAGCUCGAUUGUUAAAACAUGUUGUAAGAUGUUAUCUUCGGUUGUCUGAUAAUCCAAGGGCUCGUGAAGCUUUACGGCAGUGCCUCCCAGACCAGCUGAGAGACAAUACUUUCAAUGUCUGUCUACAGGAAGACAAAUCUACCACUCAUUGGCUGUCCCAGUUGUUGAAAAACAUCGACUCCCCAGCUACGACUGAUCCAAGACAGGUUGGCAUGUCACCUUUAACCUCCCAGUAAAUACCAUGUGAAAAAACUAGGCUGCAGAUACAAAAAUGUAUUAAUAGUUCUUAGGAAACGGUUUUGGAACCAUAUAUUUAAUUUACUUUUAAAUAUUGUACAUGUUUCAUUACAUUAAUGAAUAUCUAAAUCUUACUGUUUUUACAAAUUUAUAUUUAACUAUUUUAUUCUUAAAAUCAUACACAAUAAUUGGUCGUUUAUGUAUGAAAAAUAGAAAACUAUUCAUAUAAUCAUUGAUUGAGAAUUGUGAGCUAUUUGAGCAAUACAAGCGUACAAUGAGCUAUGCUUGACACUUGCAAAAUGUUACUACUGCACCAAUUCAUGUGAAAAAUCAUCUCUCAAAAAGUUAAUCCUUAGUUCCUCAUGAACAUUACAGUCAAAUAGUUUUCGUUGUUGCAGAACAAGAGAGUCAGGGUUGGUAUCCCCGGAACUCUAGUGUAGUCGAAGCAUUUUCCUAAUUCUUGAGGAACUUUUAAUCAUCGUUAGUUUCUGAAUCGUUCAAAUUAGUCCUUGGUGUGAAUAGUAGGAUUGUUGUGAAUUAUAUACGAGGGCCGUCCAAUAAAAACUUUUUGGAGAGAACAUUUUGAAAAAAUGGCAAUUUAUUUUUCAAAAUACUUUUAGCUCGAUAAACUUACCCCAACCCAGUGAUGCUUCGAUUUCUUUAACCCGUCUGAAAAAUACGUUUUCUCGCAGUCUGCAAAUGAUGGCAUAGCGAUGGGCUCAUUAGACUUAAAUUUCGUGACUUUUCAAGUUUGGAAACAAAAAGAAGUCACACUAGGCCAAAUAUGGAAAGUACGGUGGAUGGAGAAGCAGUUAGUAGCCUAAUUUGAAAGAGCACUUUUUUCUUCGCCUAAUGAGGCCGUUUUUUCAGCAGCUUGUCAUCGAAUCGGGCUAAUAAUUCGGCUUAGUAGAGCCCUGUGAUCGUUUUGCGCUUCUCCUUGUAGUCGAUGUAUAUCAUACCUUUCGAAUCACACAAAACUUAGGCCAUUCCUUUCCGGCAGAUAGGACAGUCUUCUCCUUCUUCGGAGCACGUUCGCCGGCUGAAGUCCACUGUUUCGAUUGUUCCUUAGUCUCUGGUGUUUACCAGUGGAUCCAUAUUUCGUCGGCGGUCACGAAAAGACGCAGAAACUCCUUCAGAUUGCGUCUAAAUAGUCAAACACUGCUCUGAAGUGGUCUCACGGUUACGCUUGUUGUCCUUAGUAAGGAUCAAAAAUUUUAUAAAAGAUAUGAUCCACGCGGCCUUUUGAAAUGCCUACUGUCUCAGCUCUACCAAUACGAGAUUCACCUGGGUGUGGAUCAUCAAAAAUCGACGUGCACCCAUAUUAAACCUCAAACCAAUUUUUUGACGGUCGAAUUCGAAGGAGAACAGUCACGGUACAUAACUUCCAUGCAUUCUUUGAUUUCUCUUUGCGAUUUCCCUUCCAAAAACAAGAAUCGAAUCACCGACCGAUAUUGCGUUUUCCUUGUUUCUAAAAUUCAUACACAAGCCCCAUACGCGGUCAAAACAAAACUACGAGUCCGAUUAGGCUGAAAUUUUGACAGUAGCCGCCUACGAGAAUGUACUACAUGAUAGUAAAUUUCACUUGUGAUAGUGGCGCCAUCUGGCGGUGAGGCUAAGCACUUAUCGGACCAUCCUCAUACUUAUUAUAAUAAAUAAUUUUUGGUGUCAUAAAUUUAUAAUCAACACAAAUAGAAUUAGAUUGUAGUUAUUAACAUUAUUCCUUGAAAAAUUAGAUAUCUCUAUCAAAACGGUAAAAUUGUGGGUAUGUUUAUAUUAUGUGCACCACUUGUUGAAUUCUACUUGUUCUUGGAGGUAUUAUUUUCCCUGUCGAUGGAUAAAGUAUGCAUCGGAAAUUUUUACGUUUAAGAAAUGGAAACCUGUCUUAUACAACCAAAUCUUUCUUGAUUUGUAGGAAUGAGGAAUAUGAAAUCUUUCGAUUAACAGUAGAUAUAUUAUUCGAUGGUAUUCGAUUUAUUUUCACCUGAAUAAAUCUACUAAUACUUCUUGUCACAGUAUAGUAUUUUCAUUAGACAAACUACCUAGGGUUUUAGGCCGGUUUUACAAUAUAACAAAUGGCAUUUUCAGCUGAUUUUAUUUAUUUUUUAAUGCAUGCAGUAAUAAAAUCGAUUUUUUUAUCUAAAAAGUAGCGAUUGGAAGAUCGAUGAUUUUCUUUCUUAUUCUCAAUUUAUCAGUUUCACCAACAGAACUUUUAGCAUUAUUGGAGUAUAAACGGAUGAACUUUUGUUAAUUUUUUUGUCAUUUUUUAUCUCUGGCACGAACAUUUUAAUAUACCUUAUUUUGGAAUUUUCAAACAAUGUUUAUGUAUAGAUCCUCAUUUUCCAAUCCUAUAUGUUUUUUUUUUCUGGAAGCCAUCUGCUGCCAGGGCUGUACAUUAAGGCAAGUGGUUUAAUGUACAUAAACAAAUUGUACAUUAAAUGACUACCUCAUAAAUCGAAAAAUACAAUUUUUAAUGGUAUUAGUCCCAUGGAGUAUUUGGUGACAUAGUUUUAACGUAUGAAGUUCUUUCAAAAUCAUUUAAAUAUGUGAAUGAGUUCUUUUCUGAAGACGCCAUAUCUGAAAUAAUUGAUUAUUUGUGACCUCACAAUUGGCAACUUAUUCCAAUAUAGUAGACACUAAGCAAUCCCUUAGGCUUGUGCUAGGGAAGUUUUCCUGUGGUUCCAAUUCUAUUUCGUCGAACAAUUAGGGCAAUCCUCCACAUCGGUAAACAUUUCCUCAUCAGCCAUUAACUUACGCAUACCAUAUAUAGGACUGGUUUCCACGAUUAUUGUUUCCUAUAUGUGUCUGGAUCAGAUACAUUGUGAACACUAUUUUUGGUGGUAAACAUGAUGGAAAAUCAUAUUGAAACACUAAAAUAUUUCAAUCACUACAUACUUGUAAAAAUACAAUAAUGAUAAGCUUAGUUCUGAUUAAUAAUAAUCUCCUAAUAAUUUAUAUUUCUUGUCAUUAUUUACUAUCUUACAUGACAAAAUAUUUUCAUAAAUUAAACCUGGUAUUAGUAGGCGCUCACAACGAGGCUCCGACGAUCAUAGGAUCGUAUCAAUCGCCAGGUAAAAUAAAUGCAUUAUUUUAAGCUUUGUUUGCCAUCAUGAAGAUGACCUGUUUUAAAGACUUAGGUUUCAAUCUAAACCAGUCGAUCUGUUUUUAGCGCCAAGAUAAAGAAUGUUUUUGUGCAGCUAAUAAUUAAAAAUAUGUAAUAUAAUGUAACUUAUAGAACGGGUUUCAGUUAUCCUUGUGAAAAAUUCACUAAAAGAUAUAUUUUUUCUGGUUAAAUAUAAUGUGAUCAACAACUAGUUUGAUUUAAUCUAAAUGCUAACAAGAAUGCUUAAAAUAUCGUAAGAUACGAGCGGAUCAAUACCUGUACAAGUGUGUCAUUAUUUCACAUAAUAUGUUGGGUCAAUAUUUAAUUAAUAGAUCUGAAUUAUUUAGAGGAUAUUAUUGAACACUUCUUAUUUUAUUUUUAAAAUAACAUAAUGUUGACUAGUUUUUAUUAAAAAUUUAUGGUAGUUUAUUAAACCUAAUCCUAAAAAUUACUUGUACAUUUUUUAUCGUGAUGGUCUGAUAAUAAAUUGGCAAAAGCUAAGCAGAAAGCUUGACAAAUACUUACUAAGAUAUUGUAACCUAUUUAGGACUACAGACUUUUUAGUGUUAGUUUUAUUCGUUGUUGUACAGUUGUGUUGAGAAAAAUCUUGAAACUGUAGAUAUAGGUAUACGUUUUAUAAGGUGAAUAAAAGAACUGUGAUUAUUUUUUAGAAACAACUAUUUCUCCCACUAUGUGUCGGGAAAACAUGUAAUUUUAUAAUUCAGCUGUGCUGACUUGUAACCUCUAUGUGUUAAUAAAAUAAAAAACACUUUAAACUUU